CUGUAUGUUGCAAACUUGCGAGACGUGUUUGUAACACCGCAUCCGGAUACAAGCAUCGACUGGACCUGUGUGAGUGUCCGGAGAAUGAACCGGGAACCGGAUCCUGGCGGCGAUCACUGCAGGAGACGGAGCAAUUAGACUUUGGACAUCCUUGAAAGAGGAGCGGUGAAACUGAUUAGUUAUUAACAUGGGCUGGAAUGACUGAGUCUGUCACUAUCGCCCCUCCCUCCUCUCUCUCUUCCCUUCCCUUCCUCCUGUCUCCCCCUCCUCUCUCUGUCUCUCUGAAAUAAGAUAAGUUGUUCAGCAGCUUCCAGCUACAAGUUGUUUUGUUUUUUUAAAGUUCCCUACUUCCCUGUUUGACAGUCAUGUUGAGACGCCAAGGGAAGCGGCUAGGUUUCUGUCUGAGCGAGAAAAAAAGGAAGAAAUUAAAUGUUCUGGUCUUCGUGGAGCUGUGCAGAAAGAAGGGAAUUGAAGUUGUCCAGAUUGACUUGACCAAGUCCAUCGAGGAUCAGGGUCCGUUUGACAUGAUCAUCCACAAACUCUCUGGUCUGAUGGUGGAGGCUGAUCGGGACGAUUUGCGAUCUCAGCAACUCCUCCAAAAGUUUCAGGAUUAUGUCGAUUCCCAUCCUCGGACAAUCCUGCUGGAUCCUCUGCCUGCCAUGCACCGGCUCUCUGACCGCUUUCAAUCCUACAAGCUCAUUCAGCAGCUGCAGAGCCUGGACCAAGACCAACACUUCUGCAACCCUCCCUAUCUGGAGCUGUCCAAGGGAAGUCCAAGCGAGAUCCUGCAUCUGAUCCGACAACAGAAGUUCUCCUUUCCAUUUAUUUGCAAAACGAGGAUUGCCCAGGGUUCGAGUUCCCACAAUAUGGCCCUUAUCUUCAGUGAAGAUGGCUUGCGGGACAUCAGUCUUCCCUGUGUGAUACAGAGUUUCAUCAAUCACAACGCUGUCCUCUACAAGGUCUUUGUGGUCGGGCAUUCACACUUUGUGGUUAAGAGGCCAUCUCUGAAGAACUUUUCAAUUGGAAAAUCAGAUCGGCAAACUAUAUUUUUUAAUAGCCACGAGGUUUCGAAGCCGGAAUCCUGCUCUCACCUGACGGAGAGGGAUGAAUGGGGGGAGCAGUCUAGCGGCCCGUCAGAUGGGAUCAUUCAGUCCAUCAGCCGAUGUCUGCAGGUGUCGCUUGGGUUGUCCCUAUUUGGCGUAGAUGUCAUCAUCAACAGCAAGACUGGGAAGCUGGCCAUCAUUGACAUCAACGCCUUCCCAGGAUACGAGGAUGUUCCCGAAUUUUUCGAGGCCCUGUUGGACCACGUUGAGACGCUGCUGCGGGAACAGGAUGGAGAAGGGAACAGCGACGCUGGGAAUUCCGGAGACGGGCAGCAGGUUCCUCGUCUCCGAUGCCAGAUACCCCUGGACACCCCACGGAGGGACUUGGCCCCCAGGAGUCGGGCAAGGGAGACCUGGGUGGCAGAAGGCGGCACGGUGGCGCAGCGGUAGAGUCGCUGCCUCCCACAGGCCCUGGUUCGAUCCUGACUACGGGCGCUGUCUGUACGGAGUUUGCACGUUCUCCCCGUGACUUUUCUCCAGUUUCCUCCCACACUCCAACGACGCACAGGUUUGCAGGUUAAUUGUUUUGUGGUGAAAUUGUAAAAAUUCUCUCUGAUGUAUAGGAUAGCAUUAAUAUAUGUGGUCGGCACGGACUCGGUGGGCCGAAGGGCCUGUUUCCACGCUGUAUGUCUAAAGUUUAAAGUCUAUAAAGUUUGAAGAAGUUUUUGUGUGCUCAACAUAUUACUGUAGAUACAUGUCUUUUUUCAAUAAGAAUAUUUUUUUGUUUUCCGGGCAUUGGGAAGUUUGGAGUGGGACUUUUCACUUGAAGGACUUCAUUCUGAUCAUAGCAACAAGUUCAGUUCAAUUACGUUACAAUUACAGCGAGUUACAGUGAAAAGCUUUUGUUGAGUGCAAAGAACUGCAGGUGCCAGUUAAAAAACGCAAAGUGCUGGAGUAACUCAGACAGCAUCUCCCACAACAUGUCUUUGGGACUUGUUGGCUGGGAGCGACUAAGUGUAUAUGAGAAAUUCGCAUUUCUAUAAGAGAAACAUAGAAAAUAGGUGCAGGAGGAGGCCAUUCGGCCCUUCGAGCCAGCACCACCAUUCAAUGUGAUCAUGGCUGAUCGUCCCCUAUCAAUAACCCGUGCCUGCCUUCUCCCCAUAUCCCUUGACUCCACUAGCCCCUAGAGCUCUAUCUAACUCUCUCUUAAAUCCAUCCAGUGACUUGGCCUCCACUGUGCCAGAGGGACUGUGGCAGGGAAUUCCAUAAAUGCUGGAGUGACUCAGUGGGUCAAGAGCAUUUGUGGAGAGCAAGAAUAGGCGGCGUUCUGGAUCUGGACCCUGCUUCAGACUGAAUUAUCAAUUUGGCGACCUGAAGCAUUGUUGACCCAUGAUCUCCGGAGAUGCUGCCUGAUCUGCUGAGUUACUCCAGCAUUCUGUUUCUUUUGUAAACCAGCAUCUGCAGUUCCUUGUUUCAUGAUUCAAGAGAGUUUAUUGUCAUGUGUCUCUGAUAGGACAAUGACAUUCUUGCUUUGUUUUAGCACAACAGAACAUAGUAAACAUGAAGGUUACACA